AUGGUCGUCUAUGUUGGGCUUCUGCACGACAGCGUUGAUGAUUCGUUUGUUGAAUAUGAUCACAUCUUCCACAUGUUCGGUGCUGGAGUGGCUGAUCUCGUGGAAGGGUUAUGUAUUCCUCUUCUCACGGAUUUUGACCAUUGUUUAAGAGGGAUUCGGAUAAUGGGUUUGGUAGUUAGUACAUUCAUAUUCGUUGGCAUCCUCAAGCUGUUGGCUAGAUCUACUGCAAAUAUUGUGAUUUAA